AUGGCUGAAGCUGUGCAGGGGACCAGGCAACCCGACCCAGGAGGAGAGGAGGAAGUCCAAGAAGAGAUGGCUGCCAGUCAUCCCUAUUUCAACCUGCCUGACUUCACCCAGCCAUCACCGCCCUCCACUCCAGCCAGCCUCCCCUCGAACCACCACCAUCGCUGCGGGCCCUCCAAUGCCACCAAAGGCCUGUUUGUGGCCCUGCUGGGUGGAGGCCUGUCUGCUGGCUUCGUGGGCCCGUUCUCCCGUAUGGCUUACCAGACUUCCCACUUGCCCUCGUUGGAGCUGCUCAUCUUCCGAUGCCUCUUCCACCUCCCCAUUGCCUUGUUACUUAAGCUUCGUGGUGAUCCACUGCUGGGACCUCCUGAUGUCCGGGUUCGGGCCUUCCUUCAUGCCAUUCUCAACGUCCUCAGCAUUGGCUGUGCCUACAGCGCCGUUCAGGUGGUGCCUGCCGGCAAUGCAGUCACUGUUCGCAAAGGUUCUUCCACCGUGUGCUCUGCCCUCCUUGCGCUUUGCCUGGAGAGCCAGGGUCUCAGUGGCUAUGCCUGGUGUGGCCUCUUUGGCAGCACCCUUGGGCUAAUCAUCAUUGUGGGACCUGGACUAGGGACAUUGCAAGAGGGGACUACCGGCCUCUACACAGCCCUGGGCUAUGUCCUGGCUUUCCUGGGAGGUCUAGCACUGUCGCUGGGGCUGCAGAUUUACCGCUCUCUACACUUCCCCUCCUGCCUACCCACGGUGGCCUUCCUAUUUGGCCUGGUGGGGCUAACGGUCUGUAUACCAGGCCUCUUUGUGCUACAGACCCCCGUGCUACCCCAAGACACUCUGAGCUGGAGCUGCAUGGUGGCAGUGGGGCUCCUUGCUUUGGUUUCCUUUGUAUGUGUAAGCUAUGCGGUCACCAAGGCCCACCCUGCCCUGGUAUGUGCUGUCCUGCACUCUGAGGUUGUGGUGGCCCUGAUGCUGCAGUAUUACGUGCUCUAUGAGACUGUGGCACCCUCUGACAUCAUGGGAGCAGGGGUUGUAUUGGGCAGCAUUGCCAUCAUUACUGCCCAGAACCUCAGUUGUGAUAAGGACGGGCAAGUGGAGUGA